AUGGUCCUGUCCCAUUCCCCGAAGCAAAAUGGCACCAAUACGGCCACCGCGGCCAGCAAUGUGCAAGCCAACGGGCCAAGCCUAACGGGGGAUAUGCCGGGCACAGCAUUCCCCAAGAGAAGUCUGAAAAUCGUCAUGCUCGGCGCUGGGAUCUCUGGGAUCCAAUUCGCCCAUGACGUACACACGCGGAUGGAGAAUGUGGAGCUGGAGGUCUACGAAAAGAACCCAGAAUUAGGAGGCACCUGGUACGAGAACCGAUAUCCAGGUUGUGCAUGUGAUGUUCCUGCUCAUACCUACCAUUUUUCAUGGGAGCCUAACACGCGAUGGUCCAAGUUCUACGCCCCCGCACCAGAGAUCCGGCAGUAUCUCAACGAUGUGGUCGACAAACAUGGCCUACGAAAGUAUAUGUACUUUAAUCACCGCGCCGUCUCUGCGCAGUGGCAGGAAGAGUCGUCCACCUGGCACGUCGAACUGGAGACGACGGAUAGCUUUGGAAACCUAGUCACCAUCACACGGGAAUGCGACGUCCUGGUUAAGGGCCUUGGUUCUCUAAACAACUGGAAGUACCCCGAUAUCGAGGGCCUGUCAACCUUCAGUGGCAAGCUGAUGCAUACUGCAAACUGGGAUGAAACGGUUGACCUGACUGAUAAGCGCAUCGCCGUAAUCGGAAACGGGGCGAGUGCAGUCCAGUGCGUUGCAGCACUCCAGCCGGUCGCCAAGAAACUUGUUAAUUAUAUGCGCACGGCAUCCUGGAUGAUACCCCAUCUCUUCUCCGACGGCGCUGUCCAAAAGGAUUAUUUGGCUGAGAAUUGGGAACGAUUCGAGAAGGACCCUGAUUACUACCUUGAAUAUCGCCGACGGCUGGAAAAGGUCCUCGCUGGCGGAUUCGAGGCACUCUAUUCGGGAAGCCGGGCCCAGGCCGAGCUAGAACAAACAACGCUCGAACACAUGACGAAAAGGAUACAAGAUCCUCGGCUACUGGAGGCGCUGAUACCCAAGUUCGAGGUUGGCUGCCGACGCUUCACGCCCGGAGACCACUACCUGAACGCUAUACAACAGAAGAAUGCAUCCGUAAUCUCGGAUCACAUCGUCCGCGUGACGGAAGAGGGAAUUGUCGACGAAACGGGCACUGUCACCGAACUCGACGUAAUCGUCUGUGCUACUGGCUUCGAUACGUCCUUUGAGCCACGGGUUCCAACCACGGGACGGGAUGGUUACUCCCUGUCGGAGAACUGGGGGAAGGACAAGCCCACUGAGUCGUAUAUGGGCGCUGUUAUCGCUCGGUUCCCGAACUUGUUCGUGUUCAACCCACCCAUUGCUCCAGUGAUCGGAUCUGCCUUUCCUGGUAUAGAAGCUACAAGCAACUACAUCGUUCAACUGCUCGACCGACUGCAGACCGACAACCUCCAAUCUAUCGUCGUGAAGGAAUCGGCUCAGAGGGAUUUUAACAAAUGGGCCCAGCAACAACUGCAAAAGAUGGCGUUCAGUGGGACCUGCAAGUCUUGGUACAAGAAUUCAAAGGGCAAAGUGUUCGUUCCCUGGCCCGGCAGUAUCGCUCAUUACAUUCAGGCCACGUCGCUGGUCAGGUGGGAGGACUUCGACUUUGUCUGGGACAACGUUGACAACAAGUACGCUUCAUUGGGCAAUGGGGUUCUUAAAGAGGGGUUGGCUGUUGAGUCCCCGCCUUGGUUGUCUAAGAGAGCCAAGUGA